AUGGCUAUCCUAAAGUUUGAUCUGGAUAGACAGUUCCUAGAGGUGAUAGAUGCGCCAUUGCAUAAUUGCCACUACGACAUGCUGCGUUACUGGGUUAUGCCUGCUGAGGGUGGUGGCCUCGGCUUCCUCUGUAUGUCAGGCUACAACGCCCAAUUAUGGAUGAGGAAGAUGGAUUGUGAUGGUAUUUCUGGAUGGGUGCUGGGAAGAACAAUUGAGCUUGAUAAGCUUUUGCUGAAUUCAGGGGAGGAUUUUCCCCCAUUGAUAAUUGGGUUCGCUGAGGAGGACAAUAUGUCUUUUCUUAUGGCCUCUAUUGAUGGCAAUAUUAGUGGCAUUAUGGUCAAGCUAGAUUCAACUCAAUUUCAGAAACCUUUCAGAAUUGAAUGCCUUGGCAUCUAUCAUCCAUUCGCUAGCGUCUAUACACCAGGUAUUGGCAUUGGUGGUGGGCAUGCUGGAGCUGAACAUAGAUGA